AUGCGGAGCAUCCUGGUACGACUAGCAACAUGCAGAGGCUACCGGAUUGAUUUCGGAGGCAUUGGGAGCCUGCUGGGUACAACUGUGGGUCAGGUGUGUGUGGCGUGGAAUGUGAGCGUCACGCUUGUUUUGCUUGUAUGUACUCUUGAGCGCAUGUCGGAGCUGGGGAGAUUGCUUCCUUGGGUUGCAGCUGCUGUGACCAGCCUUCUGUGGGCAAACACAACUUUUGCGGGGUUUGGAGCAUCACGGUGGAAAGACCUGGAGGUAAUUGCAACCACAUCCACACCCGUGGCAACCGUGCCUGAGUUCUUGAGGCAAAUCAGCGAGGAAGAUGCUAUGCCGGUCGCGGAAAGUCCAGCUGAAGAACACUCAAACUGUUGCUCUAGACUUGUAGCACCGUUGGGCACAGCCUGUUCUCUCACCUUGGACGAUACCCUCCUAGAAAGGCAUUGGAUGGAAGUGCUUUUCGCUGCCUUUCCGGAGCAUCCAACGACGCGACUGUUUCAUACACUGUCCGUUGCAUUCUUCAAGAUGCUACCCUUUGUCAUGCCUGCACUGCUUGUUGUGUACAGCUUGUCGAGAAUGCCACAGAUUGUGGCCCUGGAAGUGCUUGGUGGUGUGGUUUCGCCUACCUUCGUCCCAACCUCUUCAGAAUAUUUCAUUUCGCUGGAAACAGGCUGGAAGGCGGAGCUCACACUUAAGUUCGAGAUGGAGGUGGGCCAAGCAUCAAGAGUGCGGCUUUGCUGUCACGACCACUGCGAAACCUUAGAAUCCACGCGGCGCAAGCAUUCGGAGGAUUUGCUCAUGGCUGCCAGAGUUCCCAGCAGCCACUUUGGCACCUGCUCUCUGAUAUUGUAUGGGCUUCGCACCCGCGAGUACGUCUUCACUGUGUUGGCACUGCAAGGUGUACAGGGCUCCGCAUCCUUUGGCAACCUCUCUGCCUCCUUGCCCGUCUAUGAG